GUAAAUGUAGAACUUUCCUUGGAGUGAAAGGAAAAUAUUUGACUCGCAUCUGAUCUCAACAUGAUAUGAACUGGCCAGCUCAACUAUGGGAGACCAGAAAUGUGAGCCAAGAUGGAGUCAUGCAUCGACUCCAACAAGGAACAAUUGUAGCCAAUGAGAGACUCAGAAAUGGAAUGAAACUAAAGAUAAGAUGGGAAACAGUAAAUCGAGUGCCUCGAAUGUACUAAACAAAACGUCUCAUGAUGUGAUCGUUAUUCAGUCACCUUUGGAACUUGCUAGCAAUGUUGUUGACCCCAUUCCUGCAACUUUGCCUUCAACGCCACCUGAGGCCAUCUGUGGAGACCAUGAGGUGCCCAAGUCAUCUUUGAUGAAUGCAGAAGGAUUCAAAAGCAUAUUGGGGAUUGGACCAUUAAUUGAAAUUGCAGAAACAGGCAAAGAUCCCACAGAACCAGAUAAAGUUCCCACAGAACCAGAAAAAGUCCCUGCAGACCAAGACACAACUCCCACAGAACCAGCUGACGUUCCCACAGAUUCAGCCAAAAUCCCUACAGCACCAAGUAAUGUUCCUGCACAACCUGAUAGAGUUUUCGCAGAACAAGAAAUAAUUCCUGCAGAACUACACAAAGUUCCAUCAGAACAAGACAAAGUCCCCACAGCUUCGGUCAAUGUCCCAGUUGAACUAAAGAAAAUCCCCACGGAACAUGACAAUAUCUCUGCAGAACCAGACACAAGCCCCGCAGAACCAGAUAAAGUCCCCAAAGAACCAGACACAAUCCCCGCAGAACCAGAUAAAGUCCCCAAAGAACCAGACAAAAUCCCUGCAGAGCCAGAUAAAAUCCCCGCAGAGCCAGAUAAAAUCCCUGCAGAAGCAAACAAAAUCCCUGCACAGCCAGGCAAAGUUGCCACAGAACCAGACAAAAUCCCCACAGAACCAGAUGAAGUCCCCACAGGCAAAGUCUCCAUAGAAACAAACAAAGUUCCUUCACGACCAGACACAAUCCCAGCAGAACCGGACAAAGUUCCUGCAGAACGAGUCAAACACCCCAAUGAAAAAGACAAAAUCCCUGCAGCAACAGUCACAAUCCCUGCAGAACCAGGCAAGAUUUCUGCAGAGCCAGAAAAAUUCCCUGUAAUUCCGGCCAAAAUCCCUGCAGCACCAGAGAAAGUCACCACAGCACAAGAUAAAGUCCCUGCAGGAGCAGACAAAGUCCCCACAGCAACAGGCAAAGUCCCCACAGCAACAGACAAAGUCCCUGCAGGAGCAGACAAAGUCCCCACAGCAACAGGCAAAGCCCCCACAGCAACAGACAAAGUCCCUGCAGGAGCAGACAAAGUCCCCACAACAACAGGCAAAGUCCCCACAGCAACAGACAAAGUCCCUGCAGGAGCAGACAAAGUCCCCACAGCAACAGGCAAAGUCCCCACAGCAACAGACAAAGUCCCUGCAGGAGCAGACAAAGUCCCCACAGCAACAGGCAAAGUCCCCACAGCAACAGACAAAGUCCCUGCAGGAACAGACCAGACGUCUGCAGUAGGGGACAAAGUCCCUGCAGCAUCAGAUAAAGUCCCCACAGCAGAAGACAAAGCCCCCGCAGCAACAGGCAAAGCCGCUGCAGCAAAAGUCAAAGCCCCUGCAUCAACAGGCAAAGUGUCCACAGCAACAGGCAGAGUUGCUGCAGCACUCAUCAAAAUCCCUGCUGCAAUAGGCAGAACCCCUGCAGCCACCAGCAAAGCCCCUGCAGCAGCAGGUAAAGUCCAUGCAGAACCUGACAAAGCCCGUGCAGCUACAGGCGAAAUCCCCACAGAGCAAGACAAUGUUCCUACUGAAGCAGCUAAAGAUUCAGCCAAGCAAAACCAGGUCCCCUCCAACAAACCUUUGGAGGCCGAAACAAAAACAAUGAGUACAAAAACAGCUCCCUCAAUUUCAAAUGUUACCAACCAAAGCUCAGUCACUCAAAUGCCAUCUAAAAGUACCCUGAGCUGGGAGUCAACCAUGCGUUCCUCCAUUGCAGCAGCGGGGACAAUGUCACGCGGGUCAUCAAACAUAGAACCUGCAAUCUCAGCACCAAGCCUGCUGACUGCAAGCAAAAUCUUGACUUCACAAAAAACAGAAGAUAUUAAACAGCCACUUGCAUGGGUCCCUGAGAGAGGAGGACCACCCCCUCCAGUGGCAGGAAAAGGUUUGGCCAUUUCCCAAUCUGCUCCCCUUCUGUCAGGCUCUGAGUAUCAACCCAGCGCCGAGCAGUUGGACCAGACCCUAUAUGACAUCCUGUUCCGCACUCCAUUGGCUGUGCCGGAUGGGAUGCUGGUGAAUGUUCCCGAGGAAGAUUUUGAGUACUGGGGGGUGCUCCACUUCCAUGGGCUGGAGGCAGCCCGAGACCUGAUCAGGAAACGGAAGGAUGAUGAAGAAAAGAAACUAAAGAAGGCAAGGCCAGUUUUAUACCGACCCUGAGACAUUUCCCAGCUUUAAAGAGCACCUCUUACACUGUGGGUUGACAUGCAAGGACGAACACAGUGUCUUAAAUUAGCUGGGUGGGUGUCUGCACCCCAGGAUAUUGACCAUUUCCCGGGAGACCUUUGCAAGUGCCCUGUAGGAUUCCUGGGCUUAGUCUUUAUAUUACCACAAUGGAUCAUGUCUCUCCCUCUCUCUCCCAAUUUGCAAUGGGCAGCCUUGAGUCAUCUACAUUAAAGUGUACGAAAGGAUUGAUGUAUAACAUAUGUAGCUUCUGUCUCAGGCUUAAAAGACGCCAUGUCCUUGCAAUGUUUGUCCACAAGUGGUUUGUGUGUGUC